AUGGCGCUUGGCGCAAUCCAGUCCGAGACGAUCGAAUACCUCGACUUUGCCAACAGCGGCCUGGACAACCCAGCGGCGUUGGCGGCGAUGGUGACCUUCCUCGAGCGCGGCGGUUCUUCCCUCAUCUCCGUCAACUUUUCCCGCAACGACCUCGGAUCGGGCAAGGCCCUCAAGCUUGUCGAGGCGUUGGCCGGUGCUCACGACAUGCGAAACUUGGACCUGUGCUCCACGAAUAUCGAAGAGCCCGAGGCCAUCGACCUGGUGGCGGAGUUGGUAAAGAACAACAAUAACAGCAUGGAGAGCCUUAGACUCGUGGGCAACAGCCUCCCCCCUCUGUUCGGCGGGUCUUCGGGAGACAAGGGCGCACCAGCCAGGGUCGCACAGGAGGAAGGUCACACCAAGGCGUUUUUUUUUGGUCGCGCGGUUGCCGAGUAA